GAAAUUUGAUUGGUUCAGUCUAAGACACAGUCACCAGUCACCAGUAGCAGUCUCUUUGAUCGGCUUCAACAACGUGAAAUUCCCCAUGUGUAGGUAGGAUGCCAUAUGUAUGCAGUGAGUAGGUACAUACAUACCUUUUCCCCAUAUAAACAGUUGAAGAAAGUCUGCUGUGUCUGCCUCUGACAUAUAAUAUCACACUAUGCGAUGAUAUCAUAUACCACGCCACCAUAUAACAUACUCUCAUAUAACAUUCUAUACCAUAACAUCACAUAAUAUACCACAUAAUAUACCACAAUACAAUAUAAUAUAAUAUAUACAUCACGUCACGAGAACCACUCCCUCCCUACCCAACACGUGCCCGUCGUUUGUUCCCUUCCCUUCCCUUCCCUUCCCCACUUCUUCUGGAAAUGUCCCAACUUCACUCCACACAGCACUCGCCCAUUUGACUGCUGACUGGACUGGCAACCUGAUCGGCUAUUCUUACACUUGCGCCUAUUUGUCCGAAAUCCCGAGUCCCUGUACUAUACUAUACGAGUGCAAACAUCAACGGUCGGUAGGUCGGUCGGUCCAUUUGGAAUUGGCACAGAGUAGAAUAGAAAACCAGGGCAUGACGAAAGUGUGAAGAUCUCAAUCCUUAUUCAGUAUGCUUCUGCUGCUGAUUUUCAUUUUCGAGUAACCAUCCAUCGUUUGCAUCUUGUCUGCUCUCUACCCUUCUAUCUAUCUAAGCCUCAAGGCUUCAUGUUUUUAUCCACAUACCAUACUUUAAUCCCUCCUUGAAACCUUAAUUUUGCGACUUUCUUGUCGACUUCUUGUACCCUCGUUUGCUCAUACCGCUUCAUACAAUUUGCACCAAAGAUGGAGGAGAAUAACCCGGAAUUGCAGGCAAAGCUGCAGGAAUUGGAACAUGAGCUGGAGGAAGGGGAUAUCACAGAGAAGGGGUAUCAAAAGCGACGCACAUUUCUACUUUCACAAUAUAUGGGACCUUCGACGAUAUCUGCGGAACUAAAAGGGCUGCGCAUACAUGCUCCUGAUGACAGCAUACAUCCCUCGAAUGAUGGUUCGCGCUCGGCAUCGCUUGCUGCCCUCAAUUCGAACUCAAACACCGCAAGUGGGAGCGAUUUCUACCCCUCACAAAACUAUGGCUCAUCACAACUUUCCGGCCGAACAGCGACAAUGGCGAGUGAUGUAGGAAGCUUUGGAGCCAACCGAGCGCAAGAUGGGCGAACCUUUUCAUACGCCGGUAGACCUCAAGAUUUAAGACUGGCAGUACAUAAUCCCACCCAAAGGCAUAGCUCUUAUAGCCAGAACUCCGCAUAUCAGCCCGGCUCUCCAGCAACUGGGGACUACCAACAAGACCGUCCAAAUGAGCCAAGUAUGAGAAUAGGAUCAAUGGCUUCUGGCACAAAUUAUGCUUUUAAUCCGGCACACCAAACUGGGUAUGUGGAACAUCCGGGAGAAAUCUACGAUCCAAAUGGAGGUCCGAUGAUGGAUUCUCAUGGCACCAUGCUUGGGGAAUCGCAACAGGGAUAUUUCUCUGAUUUUGCAGGACAACAAGGAUACGACAUUAAUGGACCAGUUUCCUAUGGUGGAGGGCCACAUCGAUAUUCUUCUAGUGACGCAUUCUCUCCAACAGCGGCAAUGGCACCACCGAUGCUGACCACCAGCGAUUUACCCCCUCCGGCUGCCCUAGAAUAUCAGAUGCCCCUUGAACCUCGAGAUGUACCGUUCGCUGUUUACGAUCCACAUGAUAAAAAUACUCCUAUGUCCAAAUUCGACAAUAUUGCAGCCGUGUUAAGGCAUCGGGGAAAGGCGAGGGCAAAGAUGCCGGCGUACUGGGUGUUGGACAAUAAAGGAAAAGAGAUUGCUUCUAUAACUUGGGAGAAACUUACUAGCCGAGCCGAGAAAGUUGCUCAAGUAAUCAGAGAUAAGAGUUCUCUUUACAGAGGUGAUCGAGUCGCAUUGAUAUAUCGCGAAUCCGAAAUCAUCGAAUUUGCCAUUGCUCUGCUUGGAUGUUUUAUUGCUGGAGUAGUGGCAGUCCCUAUUAAUGAUCUUGACGAUUAUGCUAAACUUAAUACGAUCCUUACCUCUACACAAGCACAUCUUGCACUGACCACUGACAACAAUUUGAAAACUUUCCAGCGAGAUAUUACGACACAGAAGCUCAAUUGGCCAAGAGGGGUAGAAUGGUGGAAAACCAAUGAGUUUGGAAGCUGGCAUCCAAAGAAAAAGGAUGAUGCACCACCUUUGACAGUUCCCGAUUUGGCUUAUAUUGAAUUUUCCCGAGCCCCCACGGGCGAUCUCCGCGGUGUAGUGAUGAGCCAUCGAACAAUCAUGCAUCAGAUGGCAUGUCUCAGUGCUAUCAUAUCAACAGUGCCGGUUGGAGGGCAUGGCGACACUUUCAACCCCGAAUUAAGAGAUAAAAGCGGAAGAUUAAUGGCUGGCGGUAGCAGUCGUGGUGAGAUCCUACUCUCUUAUCUAGACCCACGACAAGGUAUUGGUAUGAUUCUGGGUGUCUUAUUGACUGUAUACGGUGGCCACACAACUGUCUGGCUUGAAAGUAAGGCUGUUGAGACGCCUGGUCUCUAUGCGCAUCUUAUCACAAAAUACAGAGCAACCCUCAUGGUAGCCGAUUACCCAGGUCUAAAACGGGCAGCUUAUAAUUACCAGCAAGAUCCCAUGACGACACGAAAUUUCAAAAAGGGAAUGGAGCCAAACUUUCAAAAUGUCAGGUUAUGCCUGAUAGAUACUUUGACAGUCGACAGCGAAUUCCACGAAGUUCUAGCAGAUCGAUGGCUACGACCAAUGCGAAAUCCUCGAGCACGAGAAUUAGUCGCUCCUAUGCUAUGUUUACCAGAACAUGGAGGAAUGGUGAUCAGUAUGCGAGAUUGGUUGGGUGGUGAAGAGCGUAUGGGGUGCCCUUUGAAACUAGACAUUGGAUCAGAUGGAGAUUCUAUCGAGGAAAAAUCUGAAGAGAAAGAAAAGACAACUGGUAACGGCUUCGGAAGUCUUAUAGGAGGCGGAACAGUAGCUCCUGCCGAACAAAAAGGGAGAACAGAAUUAAGUGAAGUUCUUCUGGAUCGGGAAGCGCUCAAAACCAAUGAAGUUGUUGUGGUCGCUAUCGGCGAAGAAGCUCGCAAGAAAGCUAGUAGCGAACCAGGGACAGUCCGUUGUGGUGCUUUUGGUUUCCCAAUACCUGAUGCAACCUUGGCAGUAGUUGAUCCCGAAACUGGUCUUUUAGCUUCGCCACAUUCGGUGGGAGAAAUUUGGGUAGACUCCCCAUCGUUGUCAGGGGGCUUCUGGGCCUUACCAAAGCACACAGAACAAAUCUUCCAUGCGCGACCAUACAAAUUCGAACAAGGAGAUCCAACCCCAAUGAUGGUAGAGCCAGAAUUCCUUCGAACAGGACUUCUCGGGACUGUAAUCGAGGGCAAGAUCUUCGUUCUUGGUCUGUAUGAGGAUCGUCUUCGUCAGAAGGUUGAAUGGGUUGAGCAUGGUCACGAAAUUGCAGAACAUCGAUACUUCUUUGUGCAGCAUAUAAUUGUGAGCAUCAUGAAGAAUGUGCCUAAAAUUUACGAUUGUUCAGCAUUUGAUGUUUUCGUCAAUGAUGAACAUCUUCCGAUAGUUCUAUUAGAGUCUCCCUCAGCGUCAACAGCACCUGCUACUUCUGGUGGACCUCCACGCCAACUCGAUACUGCGCUUCUGGACUCACUAUCAGAAAGAUGCAUGGAAGUCUUGAUGCAAGAGCACCACUUGAGAGUCUAUUGUGUUAUGAUUACAGCACCAAAUACACUCCCGAAGGUUUUGAAGUGUGGGCGAAGAGAGAUUGGUAACAUGCUUUGUCGUCGAGAGUUUGAUCUUGGUAAUCUUCCUUGCGUGCAUGUUAAAUUUGGAGUCGAGCGCGCUGUACUUAAUCUACCUAUUGGUGUGGAUCCAAUCGGCGGCAUAUGGUCACCACUAGCUGCGCAAGCUCGUGAAGAUAUAUUAUCUCCUGGCGACAAACAAUAUUCCGGAAUUGAUCGUCGCGAAGUUGUAAUUGAUGACCGGACGUCUACACCUCUUAACAACUUCUUAAGCAUAGUCGACUUAUUGCAAUGGCGCGUGGCUCGACAAGCUGAUGAAUUAUCCUAUUGCACUAUAGACGGCCGAGGUAAAGAAGGAAAAGGAAUUACCUGGAAGAAAUUCGACACAAAAGUGGCUGCUGUAGCUAUGUACCUCAAGAAUAAGGUCAAGAUAAGGCAUGGCGAUCAUUUGAUACUCAUGUACACGCAUUCAGAAGAUUUUGUCUAUGCAACACAUGCAUGUUUUUGCUUAGGAGCAACAGCCAUACCCAUGGCUCCUCUUGAUCAGAAUCGACUGAACGAAGAUGCACCGGCAUUUUUACAUAUGGUCUCAGAUUACCGUGUGAAGGCAGUUUUGGUCAACCAAGAUGUCGACCAUCUAAUGAAACAAAAGGCAGUUUCGCAGCAUCUUAAACAAUCAGCACACGUUCUUAAGGUAUCAGUACCAAGCAUAUAUAAUACUUCAAAACCACCCAAGCAAAACAGUGGCUGCAGAGAUCUUGGCCUUACGAUGUUACCAGGCUGGGUUCAACCAGGAUAUCCAGCCCUUGUCUGGACAUAUUGGACUCCUGAUCAACGUAGGAUCGCUGUACAAUUAGGUCAUGAUACAAUCAUGGGUAUGUGCAAAGUACAAAAAGAGACUUGUCAAAUGACAAGCUCGAGACCUGUUUUGGGUUGUGUGAGAAGUACAACCGGUUUAGGUUUCAUCCACAGUGUUCUGAUGGGUAUUUUUGUUGGGGCACCAACUUACCUGGUCUCUCCUGUCGAAUUUGCGCAAAAUCCAGUAUCGUUGUUCUUAACUCUAUCGCGGUACAAGAUCAAAGAUACUUAUGCCACACCACAAAUGCUUGAUCAUGCGAUGGCCGUCAUGCCAGGCAAGGGAUUUACUCUUCAUGAAUUAAAAAACAUGAUGAUUUCUGCCGAGGGAAGACCUAGGGUUGACGUUUUCCAAAAAGUACGCCUCCAUUUUGCUGCGACUGGUUUAGAUCGCACCGCGAUUAAUACGGUUUAUUCACACGUUUUGAAUCCGAUGAUAGCAUCUCGUUCAUACAUGUGUAUUGAGCCAAUUGAGCUGUGGCUAGAUACUCAAGCCUUGCGCAGAGGUAUGAUCUAUCCUGUCGAUCCAGAAUCUAAUCCCAAAGCUCUCAUGGUUCAAGAUUCUGGUAUGGUGCCUGUAUCGACUCAAAUAGCCAUUGUCAACCCAGAAAGUCGUUGUCUUUGCCACGAAGGCGAAUAUGGUGAAAUUUGGGUAGAGUCAGAGGCAUGCGUCAGAGCUUUCUAUGGGUCUAAAGAUGCUUUUGACUCGGAAAGAUUUGAUGGGCGUACUGUCGACGGUGAUCCAAAUGUACAAUAUGUUCGAACCGGAGAUUUAGGCUUUUUGCACAAUGUUAGUCGACCUAUAGGACCAAAUGGUGCACAAGUCGAAAUGCAAGUACUAUUCGUUCUGGGUAGUGUUGGAGAAACAUUCGAAAUCAACGGCCUGAGUCAUUUCCCUAUGGACAUUGAGAGUUCUAUUGAGAAAUGCCAUCGUAACAUUGUUCCUGGAGGAUCUGCUGUAUUUCAAGCAGGUGGGCUUAUUGUUGUACUUGUAGAAGUAGGCAGGAAAUCGUACCUUGCCUCCAUCGUACCCGUCAUCGUAAACGCCAUCCUUAACGAGCAUCAAAUCGUCGUCGAUAUCGUUGCUUUUGUCAACAAAGGCGAUUUCCCUAGAUCUAGACUGGGAGAAAAGCAAAGAGGUAAGAUUCUAGCUACUUGGGUCACACGCAAAAUGCGUACAAUGGCACAAUUCGGUAUCCGAGAUGCCGAAGGGGGUCUUUCGGAUGUUACAGAAACAAUGGAGCCACGAAGUGGCAUCCCUAGUGUCCGAAAUGGCAGCGUAAUUGCCAGUAGUCUUCGUAAUGUUGAACCUGCUCCUCAGAUUGUUGAAGAACAGGAACGCGAGCGUCAGCGUGCCGUUUCACAACACAGCUUUGCUCCUCUCCCAACUGGAAUAUCAGAAAUGCCAGCGGAUAAUUAUGAUGAACCUUCAAUGAGAUCAUCCCAUGAAGUUAACUACGGCAUGAGAAAUCAUGAUGAUACACCUCCUGCAAAUCUACAACCAAAUCACUUCGAGAUGUCGGGUCAUAAUUUUGAUGGUGGAAAUAUCAAUUUCGAUAAUCCGUAUUCUGAAUUUGUAGUCCCAGGAUUUGGACCUAACGCUGGUGAACCUCCAGUGAUUGGUCCAAAACCGGGAAUGGAUAUGGGGAUGGAUGUAGGUGGACCAAGUGGCGGAGGGAAUGAUCAGUGGAGUUUGCCGAGUCAGCAGCAGCAAGGAGGUGCACAGAGAGCGGGAGGGUUUGGGGGUUUGAGAGUUCAUAAUAUGGAUGACGAUGAUGACUGGAAGGAUACUCUAAUGCAUUACAAUCGGGCUAAUCAAUAAAGUGAUUGAGAAAACUUGGGGGGAGGGCGCAGCUGAGGCGUAUGUGGAUCUAUAUUGGGGACGAGAUAGGUAGAGAGGAAGUGUGAUUCUUAGAGAGAGAGGAUGAAUACAAGGGACUUGACUCCCCUUAUGAAUGUUUUUUUGGGCGAUAAUAUCCUAGACCUGGACUAUAUAUUGCAUGGAUUGAUAGAAUUUGGAAGAGCGAGAUCAUGGAUGGAGCAAAGCACUUGGUUCAAGAAACAACGAGAUAUAAAUAAAAGUACUAUUAUCAAUGCGCCUGAACUUCUGAAUAUUUGUAAAUGAAACGAAACGAGAUGAGAUAGUUACUGAUACGUAUUUGCCCAGGCGAAGGUAUUUGUAGAUGGAUUAGACUUGCCACAUAAUGGUUGACACGAGAGCUGUGAACA